AUGGUUAGUGGCGGCGGUGGAGGAUGGCGGCGGCGGCGGGUGCUGUCGUCGACAAAGAUGGGUGGCGGCGACGAUGGGUGGCGGUGGCCGGUGAUGGCGGCGACGAUCGGUGGUAGUGGUCGACGGUGGCAUCGGUGGUCGGGUUGGCGUUGGUCGAUGACGGUGGCGAAGGCGGUGGGUGGUGAUGGUGGUCGAUGGUGGCGGUGGUCAAUGGUGGGUGGUGGCGGAGGGUGGCAACGGUGGUCGGCGGUGGCGGGUGGUGGCAGUUAUGGUUGGGGUGGUGGUAGCAGUUGUUGGCAGUGGCGGCUGUGGUCAACAGUGGCAGGUGGUGGUGGGCGGUGGCGGUGA